AUGUCGUUCAAACUUAUAAUUAUGCUUCUUGAUGAUAAUGACACUGUUUUAUCCUAUGAACAAUUGAUUUUCGAACCAGUACGGUUCGCUUGUGUACCAAAAUUUCACAUUUAUUUACGCUAUAAUACAAGACCAAAAAUUCAAAACAAACAUUAUUUUGUUCGUAUUGAUGCUUUUUCUAUUUCAAUAUUGAAUUAUGUUGGUUACCGUGCUAGUUGGUAUUAUAAUAUUCCAUUUACAUUUUUGCCUGUACAUAAGAUAUCUCUGAAUAUGUUUAUUCCAGCCGAACGUGUGAGGUGCGCUAAUACUAAAUGUGGUGAACAUGGACAAUGUUUGAAAUAUGUGAACCAAAAUGAGAAAUACUAUUGUCAUUGUCAACCGGACUGGUCUGGUCCUCUAUGUCAAAUACAAACCGAUAAAUGCAAUCGUUGUUUACAUCAUUCGAUUUGUUUCGAUAACGAAGAAAUAUGUGUGUGCCCAUUGGGAAAAACAGGUCGAUCGUGCCGGGUUCCAUCAUCGGCAUGUCAAUCCAAUACGUGUCAAAAUAACGGUACAUGCGUACCUUUAGAUCAACGGUUGUUAACAAAAAAUUUUCGUUGUUUGUGUCCAGAUGAUUAUUUUGGUGAUCACUGUGAAACACAUCGAUCAAUUCGUCGUAUAAAAUUUGAUCAGUCUGUGCAAAUACCGCCGGUUCUACUAAUCUACGCUAAAUUCUUACCAACUAGUGAUCCGAUUAUAUUAUUCAGACGUAUACCAUUGUAUGAAAAUAGUCUAUCUCUUCAGCUCGAUGGACAACCAUCGAUGGUUUUUGGUCUUAUUUCACAUGCUUAUUAUUUGAUUGGUUUACGAAAUGAUUACGUACUCAAUACAACGAUCAUAUCAACAGCUGUGCGACUUGAAAAUCGUUGUCCAUCUUUCGUAGAAUUAUUUAAUCAAACAAUUCUCAAAUAUCAUCCAUUAAAACGCAUUAAAUAUUAUCAGGAGCCUUGUCAGCAACAACAGAAGUUAAAAUGUUUCUAUGAUGAGACACAAAUAUGUGUAUGUAAUCGUCAAUCGAAUACAGAUUGUUUACCAUUUAAUCAUAAUCGAACGUUUGAUUGCAAUGAAAGAAAUUUUUGUUUGAAUAAUGGCGAAUGUAUUCAGGAUGAUAAAGAUUGUCCUCUGAAUUACAUGUGUAUCUGCCCAAUGUGUUAUCAUGGAACAAUCUGCCAGUUCGCCACAACUGGUUAUAGUUUAUCGCUAGAUGCAAUUAUUGGCUCCUAUAUUCGUAAUGAUGGUGGCAACCAACCAUUUAUCAUCAAUUUAAGUAUUGUCAUUGUUACAGUUAUGUUUCUUAUAGGAGUCCCAACAAAUCUGUUAUCAAUUCUAACAUUUUGUCAAAAGAAACCACGAGAAUAUGGUUGUGGUAUCUAUCUGUUAUCGUCAUCGAUUGUUAGUCUAUUUACUAUUUGUCUAUUUACAUACAAGUUUUUCUAUUUACUAAUAACACAAAUAUUUCUUGUAACAAAUCGACAGUUUUUAUUGCUGAGUUGUAUUUUGAUUGAAUAUUUAUUGAAGUUUUUGCCAAUUAUUGUCGAUUGGUUUAAUGCAUGUGUAGCCAGUGAACGUGUUUUUAAUGUGCUACUCAUGACACAUUUCAAUAAGAAGAUAAGUGUUUGUGCAGCUAAAUUUGUAUCAAUUCUUGUUGUUCUAAUAGCGAUUAUUAGUUUGAUACAUGAUCCGUUUAAUCGUCAGAUAAUUGAUGAUUUAUCACAACGUCGAAUAUGGUGUGUCUUACAAUACACAACUGUCCCAUGGUUAAAUAAUUAUAAUGUAAUAAUAAAUCUAUUUCAUUUCAUAACGCCAUUUGCAAUUAAUUUCCUAUCCGCUAUUCUUAUUAUCAUUUAAACUGCUGGUUUGAAAUCGAUAGCAUUCACGAAUCGAUCAUAUUUAAACGUAUUAAAGGAGCAGUUUCACGAACAUAAACAUCUGAUUGCAAGUCCAUUGAUUUUAGUGUUAUUUGCACUACCACGGCUAAUGAUACUGUUCAUUUACGUUUGUAUGAAAUCUGAACGACAACCGUACAUCUCACUAAUUGGGUAUUUUAUAUCAUUUCUACCAUCGUUGUCAAUAUUUAUGGUAUUUAUUAUACCUUCGAUAACAUACAAAGCAGUACUCGUUUCACUCACGAAGCGAUAUUCGAAGAACAUAAGAUGUUGACUUACUUAUCAACCACUUCAAGUGUUUCUAUUGUAUGAAUCGCUCUAUAAUCGCCGUACUAUUUCAGUUAGAUGAAACUUUGAUGUCUUUUUUGCUUUCAAUGAACACUAUAGAGAGACAGAUAUAAAGCAAGAAAUGGAGAAAAGAACAAAUUUUAUCAUUUUAUACAAAAGAGAGAUUGCACUCACUAUGAAAUUAGUGUAUAUUCUGGCAACUUCCCAUAUUAAAAAGUUAACAAAUUUAGAGGUAUUUUACUCCAGUUUUUCUGGCAGUUUGAAGUACACUAGUUGUACUCUAUGCCAAGCUAUUUUUUGGAAAAAGGUCGCUUUGAGUUUUUAAGAUAUAGAGACAAUGACGCUGAGAUCAUCAAGUCCCUCGUGGCCAAAUAUGACGAGCUCACCAAGUGGUUUGCUGAACAUGACGUGAUGAUCGUGGACAGAGGCCCUGGUCAAGCGAGGCUACGAGCCACAAAUGCCACCGUAUUUGAAGAAAGGAAUGACAUCGCAUACGACAGUUACGAUGAUGAAGAAGAGGAAGCUAAUUAAAAUGAAAACAUUGAAAAUUUUUUUUUUAUAAAACGAGAUUUUUUGGUUUUAAAAACGAUUUAUUAGUGAACGACGUUUCGCCCACAGUGGCGAUUUUCAAGUUACUAAUAAUCUAAAAACAAAGGAACAAGUUAUAAAAAAUAUAUAAAGACCAAACAAAUUAAUAAACAAUUGAAAAAAAUAGAGAAAACAAUUUUUUAAAACAUAAAACUGGAUUGAUAGCAUUUUUUUAUAUUAUGGUAUUUUUGAGCCAAUAUAUAAAUAAAACGAAAGAAAGACAAUUUGAUUUUAUGUUAAAAUAACUUGUAGUUGUGUGCCUUAUCUAUAUAACAUAUAAUCAUAGCUUCGCUCUUAGACAUCAAAAAAGGGCCGAAAACGUGCGGAGUCCUUAUAUUUAAUCUUUAGAUAUUGCUCGAUCGCUGCGAUGCAUCUGAAGUUGAAAGUCACCUCAAGCCUGGUUAAACAAUUUGACGUUAUUUAUCGUAGACAUAUGCCUCUGCUUGAUAAAGUCAUUUAUGGAUCAGAAAAAAUUAGUUGUUAAACAAGAAACUUUUUUACUAAUUUUCUAAUACUUCUGUCAAAUACAUGCUGAAUUUCUAACUUAUGGAUAAAUUAUCGUUUAAUACUGCGAUGCAAACGUUUAGUGACUUUGUUUACGGCUUUAACAGAAAACGUCAUGUUCUACAUGGUACUUUUAAAACCUUGGGCUGAGAUAGGCCAGUAUGUUCAGGUUCGAGUCUAAAACUUACGGCAACAAAAAGUUCCUAGAUUUGCCCUGGGAGAGAUUGAUUUUUGAGAUUUUCAAGCUUCUGUUUAAGUAAAAUUUUGAGAUCGAACAACGAAGAUAACAGCGAUAGCUUAAUUCUGUUUUCUUUCUUAUAGUGCAUGAGCCAUGGUUAAAAGACAAACUGCUAAUUGGGCUAACACUAUAUCUAAUCACUUAAUUAACAGAAAGAAAGAGAAAGUAGACAAACUAGCAAUAAGAAUAGCCGUUUCCGUGUAAAACGUUUAGACGAGACUAUUUUUUAGUACUUUUUAAGCAGCGUCUCUUUCUAGACUUUCUUUUUAGCGUACCUGAAGUCUUCCUCUCUCCAUCCUCGUUGUUUAACACUCAAGAGUCGCCUGCCGGUUCUUCUCUCACACUCAUUUAACAUUAAAAAACAUAUUUGAAGAAACUUAACUUAUCCUUCGGUCCUUAGUUAGAUUACCAUAUUUGUUCGAACUGAACAUUUGUUGAGAUCUGUGUAGACACUCACUCAUCAGUUUGUCACACAUACAAGUUGACAGUUGACAAGUACCAUCGGCAUCGGUACACAUAAUCUUAUCUUUAUGUAAGACGAAAUCAUAUUCUUCUUCAGCCAAAGGAUUUGCAAUAUUUGAUAGAGAAGACCAUAUUAUCACCUCACCAAUUUAGAAUAAAUACUAAUAGUGUGUAGCAUUAAAAAAACAGACAAAUAGAGACAUAAGCACUAUACAAACAGACACUAGAAUAAUGAAAAAAAAGGAAAUCAACAUGUAAUGUACAAAACAAUCUAUCCCUGUACGACUAGUCACUUUGAUAGCAACAAUCAUCAUUGAAAUAAUAUUGGUUUUGUAAAACGAAAGUGAUUACUCCACUAUUUGGUGAUGACGCUACACUUAAUUCUGAAUCGCGUUCUAGUGAAUCUUGACGAUCGACACAAUUAUAAUAAAAACAAACCAAACAUAUAAAGAUAAAUAACACAGCAAUGAGAAUAAUUAACGAAAUAAUCAUAAUAAUAUAAUUAUAAUUAUUACUAAAUGAUGCUGAUGGUGAAGGUAAAUAAUCAGUAGAUAAGUAAUCCGAUACAUUAUAUUUACUUAAGACAUUUAUAUAUGCUGCUAUAUAAUUAAAUACUUUUUUCUUCAGGACAAUUUUGAAGUUUUUCUUCAGACAAUGCUAUUUCAGCUAAACUGUGAUUUUUCAGAAUAUUCCAGUCACAGCAUAUCUUUAACGAUGCUACUUUUAAUUUGACAAAUUUUUCGAUAACCUUUUGAUCACCGUCUGUAGCAGCAAAUCCAUAAAGUAUUAAGAACAAAAAACAACUUUGAAUUUCCAUAAGGAGAAUUAAAGAGUAGAGUUUUCACGUAGUUAUAAAAUGUAAGAAUGAGUGUGUGCACCAAUUCAGUUUAUUUAUAAAUAUAUUUCGUUAUAUUAAUGAGACGACAACACGGACGGUCACUGAGACAAAUAUAUUUACGGUGUAAUCAGCCAAGUAGAGAAAGUAACUAGAUGAACGUGUUCAUAUAUGGUUUAAUCCAAAACGCGACAAAGUGUCGGCUAUUUUAGCAAUAUUAAUUUAAAGCACACCUUUACUUGAGGUUCCUUUUUAAUUAGAAAAUAAAUUAUAUCAAAUAUUUUGUUUUGAAAAUGUACUGAGUAUGUAGUCAUUGGCCAGAAUAAGAGUGUAAAAAACGUUAAAUAUUUUUUAACUUUUGAAUCUUCUUCUAAUCGUAAAAAGAAAUUCCCUAGUUUUCUGAAUGGAAGAGAUCUCUUCCAUUGCCUAGAAAUUGACCUAGUCCAUCCAUUGUCCUGACUCUCUAGAGGGGCUAUCGAUCUAUGUAAAAAUAUUUAAGAUUCGUUUGCUCAUGUUUUAUUAAUUAAGACGAGAAUAAAGGCUACUGUGAAUUUCUUUUCUUUCCUGUGUGUUUUAAAUUAGAGCAUGACGUGCAUUUUUCAUUCCUACAUAGAACACGUCCAUACAAAUACACGCAACAGCUUUUGCAAGCCCCAAGGGAUUAGAAGCAUCCACCUAGGUCCUCAGAGUCGAAAUACAUCUUGAGUAAUCUGUGGCAAUGAAAUAUUAGUUGAAUCUUCACUAGAUUCUGUAAAAAACGGUUGUUUCUAGUCACAAAUUGAAGAUUUCAAAAAAUUCUUUGAUCAACUUGGCUUCAACGGAAAGGUAUGUCAAAUCUGGAGUAGUUGCCUAAUUCGAGUUCGAAUAUAAAUGCAUAUUCUUUAUAUCUAUAUCUAUCUCUAUGAAUAUAGAUCUACAUCUAUAUCCAUAUACAUACAUAGGUAGGGAUAUGUCCUGUAGAUGCAG